AUGGAUAAUGAAUCGCAUAAAAAUGAAGACGCAUACACAAAUACAAAAUAUGAAAACAUCUUAAAACUGAAAGAGACCAAAACAAAGCUUAGUGAGAAACUCAUAAGAUAUGACUGGUCUCAGACAAGUGGAAGAAUAUUUGUAACUCUGUACAAAAAGAAUCUUGAUGAAGACAAUUUGCUUUACUACAUAAAAGAUGGUUUUUUGGAAAUACUCAUAAACAUGAGUGAUGACGAGAUAUAUCUUCUGGAAAAACGUCUCUUUUCGAAAAUAAUUCCAAAUCAGACAAGGAUUUGCAUAACACCCAUGAAAAUAGAAAUCAACCUCCAAAAGGAACAAGAAGACCUCGAAUGGCCUCAACUGGAGAAAAACGCAGAAAAAGAAAAAGAAAACAUGAAUGGAAUAUCCAAAAAUAAAGAUAACCUCUUAAACCCAUUCAGCGGAAAAAGUACCCACGAGUGGGACCAGCUAACCAAGUCCAUAAAGGAAGAUGAAGAAGAAGGAAACAUCGACACGUUUUUUAGAAAAAUAUACAAUGAGGGAGAUGAUGACACGAAGAGAGCCAUGAUUAAGUCAUUCCAAACGUCCCGAGGAACCGUUCUCUCCACCAACUGGAAAGAUGUUCAACACAAAAAUUACGAAAAAGACAAGUCAUUAACAGAGGAAAAAAAAUAG